AUGCUGAAAUUAUUCAAAGGUUUAUUUAACACUCAGCAGAAACCCGUUGAAAGCAAUGCUAACAUCGAAGAUGAUUUGACUUUAACAUCAAGCAUGAAAUUACUGCAACAACUACGGGAACCUCAAGAACACAGCAGCACCACCACCAACACAUCUGCACAGAAAUCCAACACCAAUCCAUUCUCUUUGAAGAAUCAACAACAGCAACAGUUUCCUGGCAACUGCAAAGUCAAAUAUCAGCACCAGGAUGUUGUGCAUGUUAAACCCUAUGAGAAACGACUAGCACCAAAUGAGACAAUUCUUAAUCAGAGACAAGCCAAGCGACGAGAGCUGUCGCUUUUAAACCAUGCUGCUGUUUCCGAUAAUGAUGGUGACAACAACACCAAUAUCAUCAGCAACAUUCAUCACCGCAACAUAACAACGGCAAGGCGCAUACGACGACCUCCUUUAUGGAUGGGCCACUAUGAAAAGACUAAAACCAACGAAAACGUCAACAAUUACCGUAACGCUAAAACAAAAAUUCCGUUUCUUCAUAAUGACGACGUUGAGGUGGAUGUCCUUGCAGCUGAUGACAGCAAACAAAGCGGUUCUGGUUGUCGAAGCGGCUUAUUGGCAAAGGCACAUUCGUUUAUUAUCGAAUUUCUGCUGAAUUCCUCCAUUCAUGGUUUUGUCUAUUUGGCGAAAAUGGGAUUAAGUUUCAUAGAAAGGACAUUGUGGUUUGCAUUUAUCUGUGUGGCAAUAUUUAGCAUUAUAUCGCUUAGCCGUCGCACCUGGCAUCGUUUCCAAACAUCACCAAUGGUUAUCUCAAUGGAUCGCAAUAAAUUGGUUUGGAAUACCAGCUUUCCAUCACUGACAGUGUGUCCCCACAAACGCAUCGAUGAGCUUAAAGUCGAGGAAUACAUUAUUUCCCAUCCUGACGUAUUUGUCAAUGAAGAGGAUAAAGAAGGCUUUAAGAUUUUCAUUGAUAAGUUGGCACAUCUCUCUUAUGAAAAUAUUGAUCAAUUACCUCUGAACAAUUCAUAUGGCAUUGAGAGCGACCAAUAUUUGGAUUUGCUCUACGAACUAAAAUGGCAUUUCGAACCGGAGAUAAGCAGCGGUGCUGCCGUGAAAAUGUUUAUCUAUGAAACACAAACUGAAUUUGGUACCUGCCAUUCGGUAAACAGUUUGGUGGCACGUUACAAUUCAUACGAAUAUUGGAAAAGUAAUCAAUGGAAUCUUUUGCAUCAUGGGGCUCGGGUGACCGUACAUCCGUUGGAUGGAGAGAUAUAUGCUCAAAUUAUUAAUCUCUCAACCGCCUACGAUGUUUUCUUCCACAGUGCUGGAGAUAUACCAAGUAUAACCAAACAACGUUAUACAUUUCCUGAAACCGAUUAUACAACAGUGGAAUUGAUAGCAUUGGAGAUUUAUACUGCGGAUGCGGCUAAAGCAUUCUCUACCAAGCAACGCAAAUGUCGUUUCAUAUUCGAGGCUGAAGAUAUGCUUACCGUUCCGGUCUAUAGUUUUGGUAUGUGUAUGGCUGAGUGCCGCAUGUUUUUGGCCUUGAAAGUGUGUAAUUGUGUGCCACAUUUCUAUCGGAAUCGAUUAAGGAAUGGUCGAGUUUUACCUAUCUGUGGUCUGCGAGGUUUGGCCUGUGUGGCUAGUUUGAAAAAUGAAAUGAUAUCCUUAAAAUCCAUAAAGCAUAAAAUCAAUUGCAAUUGUCUGGCCAACUGCGAUGAUUCGAACUUUUUUGUCCAAUCCUACCGUUCUCGCGUCUGGUUUUUGGGAGCCAAUUUACAAUGGGGUAUUAUUGACUAUCCCAAAAUGCAAUUGCGCCGCGAUGUGCUCUUCUCCUUUGCUGAUGUAUUGGUGUAUAUUGGCGGCUUGGUGGGCUUCUUUUUGGGUUGCAGUGCUUUAAGUUUUACGGAAGUAAUUUUCUAUUUUACCAUAAGAUUGUUUAGACGUCUUUUUUCUUAA